UUUGACAAUUACCCGCUCCCACUUCCGCCCUGACCACCUAGGCCAUGGGUAUCAAACUGGCGGCUCUCCAGCUGUUGCCGAACUACAAGUCCCAUGAGGCAUUGCAAGAUUGACAGUUACAAGCAUGACUUCCAAAGCCAGAAGCAUGAUGGGACUUGUAGUUUUGCAACAGCUGAAGGCUUGUGGGAAAUUGGAUCACUCAUGCUCUAGAGCACAGUUGUCAAACUGGCGGCCCUCCAGCUGUUGCCAAACUACAAGUCCCAUGAGGCAUUGCAAGAUUGACAGUUACAAGCAUGACUCCCAAAGGCAGAGGCAUGAUGGGACUUAUAGUUUUGCAACAACUGGAGGACCACCAGUUUGACACCCCCGCUCUAG